CUGCUGCUAGUCUUGUUGGUGCGCGGUUAGAUGGUCGUCGGAAAAAACGCAAAAAAUACAAAAGUUAAAGAACGCUUAUUAAUUAUAUAUUGAAAAUAGUUCGUGAAUCUGCAGUCAAUGCGGGUGUUUUGUGCAAAAACGCGGGUCGACAACAGAUUGCAUGUUCAAUCGUACAAAUGCUGUGAAAUGUGUUCAAUUUUGUGAUUAACCCACAUUGCAUUGUUUAAACACUUGAGUCACCUUAAAUUCAAGUUAAUUUGUGUGCCUCCCAAUAAGUAAUUCUAAAGCGUUCUCGUAAGGCAAAUUGGAAUAAACUCCUAACACUAAAGGCGGCUAAGCGCAGCAGCAGUAGCAGAAGAAGAAGAACAGAGCAACAACCCCGGCGGCAGCACCCAAUAAAUAACAACAAUCAUGGCGACCGAAAUGGACGAGCUCAUCGAGCAGCUGAAGACGACGAGCGUGAGUCAGGGCGAUGCGACAACGACGCUACUCUGCGAGAUCUCGGCCACAAAGGAUCCCAAGCUGUUUGACAAACACGAGCUGGCCGAAUGCUUUCUGCGUCUCACACAGUCCGAGGACACAAAUGUGCGCAAGGAGGCGGCCAAAUGCAUUGCCGAAAUCACCAAAUCGGAGGUACAACGCAAGAAGUUCACCAAACGUGAAAUCAUUGCCGCCUUCCUUGAGUGCCUGCGUCAUGUGCCCACCGAAGAUGGCAGCAUGGAGCUGCCCAUACAGAUAUGUCGCGCCCUCGGCAACAUUUGCUAUCUGAACGAUGAGGCGCGUGAUCUCAUACUCGAUCUUAAGGGCGAUGCUGUCCUGCUGCAGUUGCUUGACAUUGCCACCAUUGAAGAUGCCGCCAAUGCUCCGCAGUUCAUCAAAGUUCGCGGCGGUCUGCUCUCCAAUUAUCUGUUAGGCGGCGAGGGAUUGGCGAAGCGUGCCAUGGAGCUGGGCAUUAUGCAGAAGCUGCAGGCCAUGAUUGACAACGGCGCCAGCAAUGUGGAACAGCAUGAGGAUCUGUUGUUAAACACAUUGCCGCUGCUCAGCAUACUCACCGAGAAUGUGGCCGAUCUGAACUUUGAGGCCCAGUUGAAUAUACAAUUGUCGCGCAUUUUGGCUGCCUCCACAAAUCCGGAUUUGGCCGAGAUGUGUCUGGAGCUGUUGCACUACCAGGCGGAGAGUGACGAAGUCAAACUGUUGCUGGCCAAGGAUGGACUCUGCGAAACCAUCUACAAUCUGCUGGAGAAGUACAAGACGCUGGCCAGCACCAGUGAAGCGCGUGCGCUCAUGAAAUUGGCCUGCGAGCUUAUUGUGCUCGUUCUCACUGGCGAUGAGUCCAUGCAUUAUUUGUACACGACGCCGUUGCUAAAGAACAUGGUCGAUUGGCUGGACUCCACGGACAUUGAUCUCUUGACCACCGGAGUGUUGGCGUUGGGCAAUUUUGCGCGCACCGACAGCCACUGCAUUUACUUUGUGGAACAACAGACGAUGAACAAACUGCUUCAGGUGCUGGCCAAAAACAAUGGCGUCAAGGACGAUGUGCGUCUGCAGCAUGCGUUGCUUAGUGCAUUGCGCAAUCUCGUCAUACCCAAGCCGAACAAGAAUGCUGUCAUUCAGGCGGGUCUGGUGCAAACAAUUCUGCCAAUGCUGGAAAUACAUCAGCCACCGGUUGUCUUCAAGCUGCUCGGCACGCUUCGCAUGACCGUAGAUGGUCAGGAGAAACUCGCUUUGGAGCUGCUGAAGAACAAGACGCUCAUUGAGCAGUUGGUGCACUGGAGCAAAUCGUCCGACUAUGCGGGCGUCACUGGCGAAUCACUUCGUCUGAUGGCCUGGCUAAUUAAGCAUGCGUAUCUCAAUAAGAUCGCUUAUGCUCUUCCACGCAAGGGUGACGCUCCAGCCGAGCAAAUUGCAGACAAAAUUCCACUCAGUCAGGACUACGAUCGCAGCAGUCUAAAUGAAUUCCUGGCCAACGAGGGCACCGUGGAAGCCAUGGUUAGCAUGCUGACGGCCCAGCAUCUGGUUAUGCAGAACGAAGCUUUGAUUGCCCUGUGUAUACUCUCGGUUGUGUAUUUGUCGAAGAGUGGUGAACCGGAGCAAGCGCAAAGGCUGCAGGAUCAAUUGAUUGAGUGUAAUGUGGGCGCUAAGCUGGCCGAGUUAAUUACCAAGUCAUCUGAUAGCAUGACGAAAGAGAUUGUCGAGAACUUGCAGAACUGCAUAAAUCUGUUGAAAACAGCCGAGAAACUUGUGCCGCAUCUCGAGCAGCACAACAUCAAUGAGCUGCUGAAAUCCAUACCAAUUCUAACGGAAUAUUGCACCUUGUAAGGCAUGUGGCGACUGAUUGUGUUGAGAGUCGCUCUGCACUGCACUACACUGCAUUUAUACCGAGUAUUGACCCCUCGCUGUCCAAAAGCACCGCCAGUUGCCUAAUCCGAGCACAAACACUCACAAAUGAUAGACCGAUAGAAUUACCUUUUUGACCACAAGUCGAACAUCAACUUUUGGCCCAUCAUGUAGAUUCCACCUUAGAGCAACGAUUCAGAAUUAGACUUGAUUGUAGAUGCAAACACACACACAUACACAACAAUCACAGCAAACGUGAAAAAGAUGAACAGAAAUGAUGAAACGGGAAUGUAUUUUUUAGACGCAAGCGUAUUUUUACUGCAUUUACGAUACAACGUAUAAUUAAUUAAAUUUACAUGCAUAUAACAUAUAUACUAUAUAUAUAUAUAUACAUAUACAAACAUUUAUGUAUAUACUAUAUAUAUUUAUAUUUAUAAAUAUAUAUGAGUAUAUAUAUUUAAUAAUUUAGCAUAUAAAACUUUUCUGUUACAUGAUUUUUAAGAGCACAAUAACAACAAAUCGUGGUGAUAUCGCUAAAUAUAUUAACUAAAUGUAUUUUACGUAUUGUACUUAUAAUUUCUAAUUGCAACUUUAUACAAAACAUUCGUUGGCACACACCAAAAAGAACAACUUAAAACAACUAACAAAAAAGAAACAAACAAAAAAACAUAAACUACAACAUUUUUCACGCACAAAUGCAUGUAAUUUGAAUUAGGAAUUUUAAUUGUUGCACAUUUUGAAAUAUUGUACAACUCACCGAAGUUCUCACUCAAGUUGAUGGUAAUUUUUUUAACAUUUUAUGUGAACCGUGAAAAUAAAAACAAAACAAAAACUGUAACUCAAUAACAAUCAGUGAAAAUA